CCGCUCAUUCGCCAAUAAAGGAACGACCAAGCGGCGCCAGUCCUGUGGCUUCGCGGGUUAAUUUUUGUAAGUUGUUUGGUAGAAUCCGAGUUGAAUCGGAGCCAUCCCAACAGCAACCAUGACGGUCGGGAAGAGUAGCAAAAUGCUUCAGCACAUCGACUUCAGGAUGCGCUGUAUAUUACAAGAUGGUCGAAUAUUCAUUGGCACAUUUAAGGCAUUCGACAAACACAUGAACCUCAUCCUGUGUGACUGUGACGAGUUCAGAAAGAUCAAGCCCAAAAAUUCAAAGCAGCCAGAGAGGGAAGAGAAGAGGGUUUUGGGUCUGGUGCUGCUCAGAGGAGAGAAUCUCGUCUCUAUGACUGUAGAGGGACCCCCUCCCAAAGAUACUGGUAUUGCCAGGGUGCCACUGGCUGGUGUUGCUGGAGGCCCUGGUGUGGGCAGAGCAGCAGGAAGAGGUGUACCAGCUGGCGCUCCGAUGGCUCAGGCUCCUGCUGGUCUUGCUGGACCAGUAAGAGGAGUUGGGGGUCCAUCACAACAGGUUAUGACUCCUCAGGCAGGCAGAGGCACUGUUGCUGCAGCAGCGGCCGGUGCUAGCAUUGCCGGUGCACCCACACAGUACCCACCAGGCAGAGGUGGUCCUCCACCUCCUCCAAUGGCAAGAGGAGCACCACCUCCAGGUAUGAUGGGUCCUCCUCCUGGUAUGAGGCCACCCAUGGGCCCGCCUAUGGGUAUGCCACUGGGUCGUGGUGCUCCUAUGGGUAUGCCUCCUCCUGGCAUGAGACCGCCACCCCCAGGAAUGAGGGGUCCACCCCCUCCAGGCAUGCGUCCCCCCAGACCUUGAUUUUUCAAGUGGAUUGAUUGUUGUGAACAUUUUGUUUUCCUUGUACAGUACAGGAAACCUUGGAUUUGGGCUCUUGUAUAGUUCUACGUUCUGUAUUUUUUGUUCUUUUUUUAAAUAAAGUGUCUAAUGACUUUUUUAAGGAAA